UUACUCAAAGAUUUUGCUCAAGAGUGUGAAAUAUGAAGGUAAUUAGUUUUAUUUCUGUCUUUCUCAUCUUGUCCAUCCAGUCCGUCCAAUGUCGUGUGUAUGGCGACCUUUAUGACACUGGAGGUCUCACAAGAAAGAGCUUUCCACCGGGGUUUGUGUUUGGCACAGCAACAUCGGCAUACCAGGUCGAAGGAGCGGCUGGCCCUGAGUAUGGCCGUGGGCCGAGCAUUUGGGACGUGCUUGUUCGUUACCCAGGAGUUGUUGCAAAUGGUGCAAACGCAGAUGUGUCCGUUGAUGAGUACCAUCGCUAUAAGGAAGAUAUUGAUUUGAUGGUAGAUAUGAACAUGGAUGCCUAUAGGUUCUCCAUUUCUUGGUCAAGGAUUUUUCCAGAGGGCACGGGUAAUGUGAACGAGCAAGGGGUUGCUUACUAUAACAAGUUGAUUGAUUAUAUGAUCGAGAAAGGUAUUACUCCUUAUGCAAAUCUCUACCAUUAUGAUCUCCCUCAGGCCCUUGAGGAGAAAUACAAAGGCUGGCUCAGUAGACAAGUUGUUGAAGAUUUUGCAGAUUACGCAGAUUUAUGCUUCAAGAUGUUCGGUGACCGAGUGAAGAACUGGUUUACGUUCAAUGAGCCACGUGUUGUCGCAAGCCUGGGCUAUGAUGAUGGGACCUUUGCCCCCGGGAGGUGUUCGGCGCCUUUUGGAAAUUGCACAUCUGGAAACUCGGCUACAGAGCCAUACAUUGUAGCCCAUAAUUUGAUUCUUGCUCAUGCAGCUGCUGUGCAACGAUAUCGUCAAAAGUAUCAGGAAUGCCAGAAUGGGAAGAUUGGAAUUUUGUUGGAUUUUGUUUGGUAUGAGCCUCUCACUAAUAGCACAGAUGAUGUUGCAGCAGCCCAAAGGGCAAGAGAUUUCCACAUUGGUUGGUUUUUGCAUCCUAUAGUCUAUGGUAAAUAUCCACAUAACAUGCGCCACAUCGUAAAGGAGAGGCUUCCAAAAUUCACAAGUAGUCAGGUGAAGAAGGUGAAAGGAUCCAUCGAUUAUGUUGGCAUUAACCAGUAUACCUCAAACUAUAUGUAUGAUCCUCAUGUGAAACCGGCCCAUACUGAUUAUGUUGGAGAUUGGAAUUGCGGAUUUGCAUUUGAUCGUAAUGGUGUGCCGAUUGGACCAAGAGCACACUCAAACUGGCUCUAUAUUGUUCCUUGGGGUAUGUACAAUGCUAUCACCUAUGUGAAGGAAACAUACAACAACCCAGUCAUGAUAGUAUCUGAAAAUGGAAUGGAUGAUGCUGCCAACCUUACACUUUCAAAUAGUGUGCACGACUGGACUCGAGUGAAUUACUACAAAGAUUACAUACUCAAUAUGAAGAAGGCAAUGGAUGAUGGAGCGAAUGUAAUUGGCUACUUUGCAUGGUCAAUGGUUGAUAACUUUGAGUGGAAAUCCGGCUUUACGUCGAGGUUCGGACUGCACUAUAUCGACUAUAACGACAACUUGAAGCGAAUUCCAAAGAUGUCAGCACAUUGGUUCCGGCAGCUCCUCUAUAGGAAUCAUAAGAAUUAAGCACACACGCCUCUAUUGCGCCCUUUUUCUUUUUAUGCAUGCACUCAAUUUUUAUUUUUAUUUUUAAUUACUAAUUCGACUUUCCUUCAAUUAGAUUAGGAGUUUAAUUAGAUGUUGAUUUUCUUAUGAGAUGAUUAAAAGUUGGUUAUUUGGAUGGU